AUGGCGCUGAAGAAAGGUGCGUUUGAUGGAUUCCCGGAACCGAAGGACCGAUAUGGGUUGGAAGACUGUUUGGGGUGUGGAGCUUUCGGGAGGGUUUUUGCCGCCACGGAUUCAGAAGCCAGCAAUAAAAAAGUCGCUGUGAAAGUUCAGAAGUUGAGCGAGAACACGACGGUUUUCGUUGAACAAGAGUACAAGGUUUUACGGGAUUUGAGUAGUCAUGGGAAUCUGCCAGAUUUUUAUGGGGUUUACCGGAAAGAAGACGAACUGUGGUUUGUCAUGGAGAUUUGCCAAGGCGGUCCCGUCCUAGACCUCGUCACCGGCCUCCUGUCCCAAAACCGCCGCAUGUCCGAAGACCACAUCGCCUACAUCCUCAAAGAAACAGUCAAAGGAGUGGCGUUCCUGCACGAGAAGAGUGUGCUGCAUAGGGAUAUCAAAGCGAGGAAUAUUUUGUUGACGGGGAGUGGAGAGGUGAAAUUGGUGGAUUUUGGGUUUGGGGCGACUUUAGAGGAGAGAUUGGGAAAAACUGAUGGUACUGUUGGGUCCGCGUGUUGGAUGGCGCCUGAAAUUAUCUCAAGUAGGCGAAAAAGGGAAAAGUAUGAUAAUAGAGUGGAUGUGUGGUCGCUGGGGAUCACCGCGAUAGAAUUAGGGGAUGGCAAACCCCCGUUCGAGUCAAUGCACCCAACUCGAGCUUUAUUUCAAAUAGUCACAAACCCACCACCCACUUUAUACAGGACGUGCAACUGGUCUGAAAGUUACAUUGACUUCAUCGACGAAUGUUUGGUCAAAAACCCAGAACAUCGCCCUUACGUUACAGAACUUUUGGACCACCCGUUUUUGCAACAAAUCCCAGAGAACAACUACCACCUAACCCUUGAAAUGAAAGCUCUAAUCGAUGAUAUAAAUAAGCUCGACUUACCCAAAUCCGAGCCCGAAACCGCCAUCAUCGAAACUUUUUUGAAAUGUGGACACGACGGUGAUUUAGAGCCAAUGUUGAUUGAAGAUUUGGCUUCUCUAGAUCACAUCAGUGAGAAAAACGUCUUAAAAUUGUUGGAAGCUCGACUGGAAUGUGGUUUAUUCCACACUUUCGUGGGAGACGUACUACUGGUACUUAAUCCCUUUGAAAAGAAAGAGAUUUUUGGAGACGCGUACCACGACAAGUACCGUUUAAAAUCACGGUCUGACAACUCCCCUCACAUCUACGCGGUUGCUGACAGUGCUUAUCAGUACGCCCUUCACCAUCAAAUUCCUCAAAAAAUUCUACUGGGUGGAGAAAGUGGUUCUGGGAAGACCAGAAACUACCUACAUUUAAUAAACCACUUGCUUUUUCUGGGUCACAACAACAAUAUUAACCUUGAGAGAAUCAGAGGUGGUAUUAAACUCAUCCACUCGUUAACACACGCCUCAACCCCCAUCAACAAUUACUCCACCCGGUGCGUUUUCAAAACCGACAUCAAAUACGGUACCACCGGAAAAGUAAGUGGUGCCGUUUUCAACGUCUAUCAACUAGAAAAAUGGAGAGUGUCAUCGGUCGACAUGUUUCAAGGAAACUACCACUUCCUCUACUACAUCUACGACGGUCUCCGCGAAAACAAAAAACUGGAUCAGUACCACCUCAACCCCGACCGUCAAUACAGGUACUUGCGAGUGGACACCCUCUCAAACACCAACAGCCCUAAAUUCAACGUAAACCAAAACUUGACCAAGUUCAAAAAAUUAUUAAAGAUUUUUGAAGACUUCGAUCUAGGGUACGACGAAAUGGACACCAUUUUCUCAAUCGUAGCUGCCAUUUUGGUCACCGGGGAAGUACGUUUCAAGGAAACGGAAACACGAGGUGCUGUUGUUGAAAAUGUUGAUGCGAUUGAGAAAAUUGGGUUGUUGUUGAAAAUCGACCCGAGGAAGUUUGAAUGGGCGCUUACGAACUACUGUUUCGUUGGUAGAGGUACUGCUGUUAGGAAAGGAAGUACCGUGGAUGAAGCACGUGAUGCCAGAGAUGUGUUUGCUAACAAUUUAUACGCACGCUUGGUGGACUAUUUGGUUGGUUUGGUCAACAGUAAGUUGAAGGCUGGGGUAGCAAUUUUUGGAGAGAAGUACUCGGUUCAAAUUAUCGACUACUUUGGGUUUGAGUGUGUAAGGACCAACCACUUGGCGCAGCUUUUUGUCAAUUGUUUCAACGAGCAGCUGCAGUACCACUACUUGCAAAGACUUUUCUCUUGGGAGUACUUAGACACCAAGGAGGAAGAGUUGGAGUACCAACCGUUUGGUUACUACGACAAUAAAAAAACUCUAGAUCAGUUGUUAGGUAAACCCGAAGGUCUCUUUUGUGUGAUAGAUGAUGCCUCUAAGACAGGACGUGACGCAAAAUAUAUCACUGAUUGUCUCCAAGACAACGCAAAAGAAUUCAUUGCCGUUGUCGGUACUUCUGACUUUUCUGUCUCUCACUAUACCGGAAAAGUGACGUACUACGCAGCCGAAAUGCCUGACAAAAACCGAGAUUUUCUUCCACCAGAAGUAACAGAGACUCUUCGUUUGUCUGACAAUCCCACUGUGAAGAUGCUUUUCACUAACAAGUUAGACAAAACUGGAAGUUUGAAACUCGUUUUUGACGAUGACGAAACUAGUACCAGACGGUACAAAUUCCAGUCGGAUAAAGCCACCACCUACCAGUACUCGCAAAUCCGACGCAUGCGGACCUGCAUACAAACAUUCAAAGCACUAAGUUUGGAAAUACUUAAAGAAUUGUCCAUUGGUAGUGGUUCUGGUGGUACCCACUUUGUCCGAUGCAUUAGAACUAACUUAACCAACGAACCACAAAAUUUUGACUACCAGUUAGUCAAGCAACAAGUUCGAGCUUUGGCGGUGACUGAAACCGCCAAAGCGCGCCAGUGGGGCUACUCCCACAGAAUCCCGUUCCAGGAGUUCUUGCGGCGGUACCAGUUUCUGGCGUUCGAUUUUAACGAGGCUGUGGAUGUGAAUAGGGAAAACUGUCGACUGCUUUUGGUUCGUCUCAAAAUGGAAGGCUGGGGUAUCGGAAAAUCGAAGGUCUUUCUCAAGUACUACCACGAAGAGUACUUGGCCAGGUUAUACGAAACGCAAGUGAAGAAGAUUGUCAAGAUUCAAAGCAUCUUGAGGAGGUUCUUGGCCAAGUGUUUGGUGGCGAAGCGAAUAACUGUGACCGAAAAAAGUGAGUACCCAGAGGAACGUAGAAUGACCGAAGAAGAAGCAGCUGCUAUCAUCCAGAAAGCGUACCGAGAAUCCACUAUACGAAAGUCGUACCCAGACUUCGCCAAAGACUAUAAAAUUCUAGAUGAAGAAACUUGCAAUUUUAUUCGAGAUUAUGCCAAAAAGUGGAGACGAAGCAGCCUUUUCCACGUCCUGGUACUUUAUCGGGCUUUCUGUUUCCAAGAAAUGUACAACUUUUCUCAGCAGGUGCACCUUUACAACAUCGGAGUCUUCUACAACUUACAACAAAACGGUAUUAAAGUUCCACUAGAAUCCAUUGACUCCAAGGCACAGGUUGCCAACUGGUUGGAAGACCCAAAACUCCCACUACGAAAAAUACCGUUCCGCUUGGACGAAAUACCCUUCUACGAUACUUCAGGGAUGUGCAAUUUGCUUACCAAUUCAGGAACUUCCAUAGAAAAAGAAGAAAUGUGGGACUCGCCGUACCGUUGGAGGGAACUGGUGUCGUCACAGCCAAUCAAACUUGAUGAGAUGACCCGGAAUGAAGACAGUUUGCUUGAGGUACCAUUCAGCAGAGACCCUGUGGCGCCUCUUGAGGAAGUUCCAGAUGUGACUGAAGAACCAGAGGUUGAAGACGCAGCGGAAAAUGUCAUCCAGAUUGUAGUAGAGGAAUUUGUAAGUAAAGAGGAAAAAGAGGAAGAAAACCAAGUACUGAAGAAAAUAACAGAAGAAACAAUGAACAUAGCGACGGAUGAGAAUAAAGAUGAGUCUAGUACAACCAAGAUGAAUAGCGACACACAACCAGCCAAUAAAGAUUUCGACUAUAUUAAACCUCCACCCGCGAAUAAACCCAAAGCUGUAGACCCUAUUGCAGAACUACGAAAAAUCGGCCAAAAGAACACGUCUGAAGACGAUCCUCCCUUCAAUUUUCAAGGAAUGUUGCGAAAAACCAACUUCAAGAAAGAACCAGUCAAGGAGAGUGAAAAUGUACCUGUGUAUUCGCUGAACUCGUUGAAAAAGACACGAGAAGAAAACGACGACGAUGCCAAAAAUGAAAAAACUGAUGAGAAAAUAAAGCAAGAAGAAGAAGCCAAAAACCAAAGAAACAAAGAAAAUGAAAAAACGGUAGCAACGAUGAAUGGACUUAUUGAAGACUUUGACAAAACGGAAUUGGUGGGAAAAAUGGUCACGUUCGAGGUAGCUCCAGGGAUUGUCAUUGAAGGCAUCGAAGUAGAAGUCUAA